AUAUAUAUAUAGAGAGAGAGAAAUAUAGAGAGAGGGAGAGAGGAACCAACCUACCUUAGUAGUUGUUAGAAGAAGCAGCAGUUCAAGUCGCUGUCUCUGUGUGUGUGUGAGAAAGAGAGUGUGUGUGUGUGAGAGAGAGAUGAGAGAGAGAGAGAGAGAGAGAGAGCACUCAAGAAAAUCUAACCCCAUUUUUUCUCUCUCUACUUUCUCUCUCUAGAAUCUGCACUCUGGAGCAGGGGAACACACCCCAUUUCAUCGGAAGAACCUUUUCAUUCUCUGUUCCAUCAGCUCCGGUUUCCUUGUGUCCGCGCAAUGGAGCGGUACGGCCGGUCCAGCGAGGGUUCCCGGUCUGAUCCAUCGCCGGAGUGGACCGGAACUGGCCUCGAAGAGCCGGUGUGGCAAAUGGGAUUGGGUGCUGCAGAGGAAUCUUAUCCCCAAAGGCCUGAUGAGGCUGAUUGUAUCUACUAUUUGAGGACUGGAUUCUGUGGCUAUGGUUCCCGCUGCCGUUUCAACCAUCCCCGUGACCGUGCCGCGGCUGUUGGUGCUGCUGCUAGGACUGGAGGAGGGGAGUAUCCAGAGCGAAUUGGCCAGCCUUUGUGCCAGUAUUACAUGAAGACAGGGUCAUGCAAAUUUGGUUCUUCCUGCAAGUACAAUCAUCCUAGGCAGGCUGGAGGCUCUGCUACCCCUGUGUCACUAAAUUAUUAUGGUUAUCCAUUGCGACCGGGUGAGAAAGAAUGUUCCUAUUAUGUGAAAACUGGGAGAUGCAAGUUUGGUGGAACUUGUAAAUUCCAUCAUCCCCAGCCUGCUGGCAUCCAAGUUCCAGCGUCAUCACUGGUUCCUCCAGUUUCACCUUUACCUGUACCAGUACCUUCACCGUUAUAUCAAUCUGUACAGCCUCCAUCUGGUCCUUCAUCUCAACAAAUUGGUGUACUGGUUGCAAGACCACCGCUUUUACCUGGUUCACUAGUCCACAGCCCUUACGGUCCUGUGGUUCUGUCCCCUGCCAUGGUCCCUUUUUCUGGCUGGGGUCCAUAUCAGGCUCCUGCAGCAAGCCCCGUCCUUCCUUCUAGUACUCCAACUAAUGUUGGGUCAGCACAGCUUUAUGGGAUAACUCAGGUGCCUUCAUCACCAGCUGCCUAUGCUGGACCUUAUCAACCUUCCAGUUCUUCUCUUGGUCUUUCAGGCGGUAGUCAGAAAGAGCAGUCAUUGCCAGAAAGGCCUGAUCAGCCAGAAUGUCAGCAUUACUUAAAGACAGGGGAGUGUAAAUUCGGUCCAUUAUGUAGGUAUCACCAUCCACCAGACAUGAGUGCACCGAAAGGGAAUGUAAUUCUUAGUCCUGCUGGCCUUCCGUUACGUCCGGGGGCAUCACCUUGCACACAUUACACACAGCGUGGAGUAUGUAAGUUUGGCUCUGCAUGCAGAUUUGAUCAUCCUAUGGGAUUAUUGAGUUAUAGUCCAUCCACAUCAUCCCUGGCUGACAUGCCGGUUGCACCCUAUCCUGUUGGUUCUUCAGUUGGUACACUUGCUCUGUCAUCUUCAACAUCAGAGUUGCGGCCUGAGCUCACCUCAGGAUCCAUCAAGGAGUCUGUUUCAUCUCGGAUACCAUCUUCAAUGAACACAUUGACCGGAUCAGUCGGCUUGACUUUGUCAACAGGUGAACCUGUUUCUCAAUCAAGCAGUCAACCAUCUGCUCAGAGUUCCAGUACAUCAGCAGCUGCUGAUACUGCCACAACUAGUACUGUCUCUUGCACCACCUCAAGCUCGAGCUAAGCAAUGUGAAUGCAUACCUCAUCCUUACCCCUUUUUUAUAUCUAAAUUCUUCAACUGGACAUCAUUUUCAACGAGGUCCUCAGAUACAUUCUUAUUUUUUGGUUAUCCCAGUUCCAGAUUCAGGUCUAGCACAUGUCUAUCCAAUUACCUUCAUGUUCAUAUAAACUUUUUGUGGCCAUCCCAUUGAUCUUGAAUAAGCCAUGGCCAGCCUUGAGAAUUUCAUCAAAAAACCAUACAGUCAAGUUGCUUUUGAAUAACACCAAAAGAAUCUGCAAGACCAUCCACAUCUCCAGUUUCUCUGAAGUUUGUUGUGCUCAUUUAUGCUUCUAAUCUUUUGUUAUCAGAAAAAUUUUCUCCAGAAUUAAAUUGACCACAUGUUUAUUUCUCUUCGGCCAAACCCCUUUUUCGAAUUCAAUAUCAUCUUUUGGUUCAGCUUCGGAAAGCCUUGUUCAGUCUUAUUCCCAACUUGUGUCUAGGGUAUUGCUCUCUUAUAUGGUUUUGAUGUUGUAAGAAUCAAAAGCCUGACUUGGUACUUAAAUUUAUUACAGAAUACAUAUAUAUGAAGAAAACACAUAAAUUGACA